AUGAAGCAAAAACAACUUCUCCUACCAGAAACAGUGGAUAAGCCAAUCCGUAAAGUUGAAGAUGUUAGAAAAUGUGAGCUGGUCAUAGGCACCAAGGAAAAUAUAGUGGCAGGUGGAACAAUUAUACUUGAAUGUGGUCCCAACUAUUUAGUAGUUGUUGAUGCUCCUUAUGAUUCAAGUGCACCCCUUCCCAUUCCUAUUCCUGGACAAACUACUACUGUUGGGGCUGCAAUUGGUUACCAAGUUUUGUGGCCAACUGAUUUGGUCAUCAUCCGUACUCCCAUCUUAGCAUCUAAGAAAGCAAAGAAACAAAAAGUAAAUGAAGUUGAAGUCAAAUCCAAGGGUGAAAAACCACAAGAUAUGAAAAAUUUUGAGACAUUGGUUGGCCUCAUGCUGAGUACAUCAAGAACACACCCUAUAAACUUCCCAGAUGAUGUUUUUGGUGAGAGUUUCAAGACCUUCAUAAUGAAAGAAGAUAUGGAAAUGAUAAUAUCAUCAAAAGAAGUGUCAUCCAAUUGUAUUUUAUACUACAUCUGGCAUUUGCAUAGAAAGUUGAUUGAUGCAAAGCAGGCCGAACGAUAUGUUUUUGUCAAUCCAGCAUUGGUCUCAAAAGCUGGAAUGGGAGAGGGAAGCAAGGAAAACAGGUCAAGGGUUAUUGCAGAUCGACUAAAGAAUACAAAGCAUGCUGAAUAUAUGCUUAUUCCAUACAACCCAGAUUUCCAUUGGGUGUUAGUGGCAUUGGAGAUGAAGAAAAUGAUUGCAUAUUACCUUGAUCCAAUGGCCUGUCAACCAUGUGAUGAUCUUAAGGACAUAGUUAAAUGGCAAUGA